ACCCUCUUUAAACUUACUCUCACUUGUUGCAACGUCUUUCAAAAUACGCUUUCAUCACUGAAAAAAUGCAUGGAAACUAUUUAAGGAAAAAACUGUAAGGGGAACUUUCUGUAGGUGGAUCAUUUCACAAGGAAACAAAAAGCCAGAUCUUCAGACAGAUAGCAUUGUUGUUCACGCUAUCGUGCCAGACACAGGGACACUUAUGUUUUACAGAAAUCCUGGAUAUCCUUAUGAAAUUCCAAAUGUUGAGGAAAUUAUGUGAUUGCAAUUUACUUUGAGUAUGAAACAUGGCUAUUGAAGUAAGAAUCGUCAUGGCUAUCCUGCUGUCUCAUGUGUGCCUUGUGGAAACUUUCGAUUUUUUAGGAAAAAGCCUGGAUUUACAGUUUAGCUACACAGAUGGAGCAGUGCAUCAUAUUGGACGAAGGAGUGCAGAUCCAGUGGUAUACAUCAUGGUCGUUGAAGUGAAUGCAUCUGAAACUAUUGCAAUCAGCGAAAUCAGAUCUUUAGUGAAUUCUGUCGUACUUCCAUUUCAAGUGGACAGUGAUGUUGAAAUUACAGCUUUCAACCUUUCGACAGUGUGUUCCCUGAAUGAAACCCAGUAUCAGUGUAAAUGUGAGGGUCUGUUUGUUUGGCCGAAUGACACGUGUUACUUAUACGAGGCCUGUGAUGUCAUCACUGAUGGUUCAUGUACAUGUAUCAAUGCCCUUCCAACCGACGGACAGUUCUGCCAAGAGCAACUUUCUCAGUUUACGUAUGAGUACGAGACUGAAAUCGAUGCCAGUUUGUCUGACUUGUUCCUGGUGGACUACUUACGGAAUCUCGUCACAAAUACCAGUCUGCCUUUCCCUCUGAACAACAAUAUAAACAUCACAGACAUCGACAUGACUACUGUGUGUGGGUUAAAUGGAACAGAAUAUGAGUGCCAGUGUGAGCAGGAUCAUGUCUGGCCCAGUGACACCUGCAGAGCCUAUCAGGUGUGUGAUGGCAUUGUGGGAGGCACUUGUGGAUGUAUUCAAGCUCUCCCUUCAGAGGGUCCACUUUGCCUGAAAGAUAUCAAUGAAUGUAAAGAUGCAGUGUCAGUGUGUGGUCCAUACUCAGAUUGUAUUAACUUCAUUGGGAGUCACAUGUGUUCAUGCUGGAGUGGAUUUAAUACCUCCAAUAAAGACAGUCCUGUGAGCCGUAACAACUCAUGUCAGGAUAUAAAUGAAUGUCUGUUCAGUUCACCUGUAUGUGGUCCAAAUUCCAUCUGCACAAAUCAGCUGGGAAGUUAUAAUUGUUCAUGUCUGGAUGGGUUCACUGCAACAAACUCACUUCUCCUCAUCAGCAACAAUAACACAUGUAGAGAUGUGAAUGAAUGUCUUCAGACGACGGAGGUCUGUGGUCCAAACUCUCGUUGCACAAACUUAAUUGGGAGUUACAGCUGUUCCUGCUUGACUGGAUAUACAGUAACAAAUAGCAGUGAACUAGUCAGGGCCAGGAACCCAUGCAAUGAUAUAAAUGAAUGUCUGUUCAGUUCACCUGUAUGUGGUCCAAAUGCCAACUGCACAAAUGAAAAGGGAAGUUAUAAUUGUUCAUGUCUGGAUGGAUUCACUGCAACAAACUUGCUUCUCCUCAUCAGCAACAAUAACACAUGUAGAGAUAUAAAUGAAUGUCUGUUCAGUUCACCUGUAUGUGGCCCAAAUGCCAACUGCACAAAUGUAAUGGGAAGUUAUAAUUGUUCAUGUCUGGAUGGAUUCACUGCAACAAACUCAAGUCUCUCCAUCAGCAUUAUCAACACAUGUGCAGAUGUGAAUGAAUGUCUUCAGACGACGGAGGUCUGUGGUCCAAACUCUCGUUGCACAAACUUAAUUGGGAGUUACAGCUGUUCCUGCUUGACUGGAUAUACAGUAACAAAUAGCAGUGAACUAGUCAGGGCCAGGAACCCAUGCAAUGAUGUAGAUGAAUGUCUGUUCAGUUCAUCUGUAUGUGGCCCAAAUGCAAACUGCAAAAAUCAGCUGGGAAGUUAUAAUUGUUCAUGUCUGGAUGGGUUCAGCGUAACAGACUCAAGUCUCCUCAUCAGCAACAAUAACACAUGUAGAGAUAUGAAUGAAUGUCAGUUCAGUCCAUCUGUAUGUGGCCCAAAUGCCUACUGCACAAAUGAAAUAGGAAGUUAUAAUUGUUCAUGUCUGGAUGGAUUCACUGCAUCACACCCGAGUCUUCCCAUCAGCAACAAUAACACAUGUACAGGUUCUUUAAUUUCAACAGUACCACCACCAUCACCAUCAUCAUCAUCAUCAUCAUCAUCAAAACCAACAACAACUUCAGCACCAACAGUAAUUGGAAUGUCAUUGACAAUAAAUCAGAUUUUUGACAUCGGUCUUACCGACCCUACUAGCAAGACUUACAAAGAUUUAUCUGGAAAAAUUGAAUCAACAAUUAAUGCAUGUUAUUCUGAUAAACUAAUUGGCUACAUAAUUGGUUCUGCAAGCAUCUUGAGAUUCAGGCCUGGUAGUGUUAUAGCAGACUACACAAUAAGUGCAACAUCCAGCAGCCUUGACUUUGGAGCAGCCAACGCACAGGUUUCCGAGUCUUUAAGGGCGCAAGGAAUAAUUGUAGCUGAAAAUUAUGCUUUUGCUCAAAGCGAUCAAACAUACUUCACGAAAGAUGAGUUAUAUCCUCUGCAAAAGGUGGACCUGAACUGUAAACGGACAGACUCGGCAAAGAGACCGAUAGCAUGGACACUGGACAACAAUGACCUUACUGGAAACACUAAAUAUUUACUUUCAAAUGACAACAGUACUCUCACUAUGAAAAACGCUAGUGAAAGUGACAGUGGUCGAUAUUCAUGCAUUAUACAGAGAAAUACAAUACCCUACAUUCAGUGGCAAAAAAUCAUUAUUAAACAACGGCCCAGUAUUAUUGUAGGUGAUAGAAUUCGUACUUUUUCAUGUAGUGCCAGCAGUUUCCAACUGAAAUGUUCUGUUGAUGCUGGCUACAACAUUGAGUGGCUCGUGGGAACAGAAGAACACAUUUCAGGAUUUGACAGUAUCACAUUAAACUACGCUCCUCAGAAGGGGAAUUGUACAGAAGAAACCUUUACUUGUCGUCUCAAGGAUCUGCCACAACUACAGUAUUUCAGUUACAGCUAUAGCAGCGUCACAGUUAAGAGAAUCAAAGGAGCUUAUGAUUGUCAAAACGAAGAACUUGGAGUUGGAAAUACUAAUGAUGUGAGGACAGGGGUCUGUGGAACAGGCAUGAAAGGCACCAUAACUUACAAAUGUCAAUCACGUGAUUGGAAACCUGAAGACGACAACUGUGUACUUGAAGUUAUCGACAACCUAAAAAACAAACUCGAGUCCUUGACUGUGGAAGGGAUUCCAGGGUUUAUGGCUAAUCUCAGUUUUGCCACAUCGGAAAAUAAUAUUAUUAUAACCCAGUCUCCUGCUACUAUCAAAGUAAUUGUUGAGAUACUCUUUAAAAUUGCUGACUUGUCACAAACUGCUGUCAUUACUCAAACAGUGAUGGGGAACUUUCUAAAAACAGUGGACAUUAUUGUAUCUGGUAAUGUCAGAGAUACUUGGAGCAAAUUAAACAACGGGAACAACACAGAAGACACCAGCAUUAAACUUCUGAGUGCUAUUGAGAAUAUAAGUGACCACCUCACAGAUGAGUUUGACAUUUUGGAAAAAUCCAUUCAGCUGAAUAGAACUACAAUUACAAACUCAUUCAUUUUAACAUCAGCACUGCCAAACUCAACUACAGAGAUUGUGAUACCACAGGUUCCUCAAGCGACUAUCAUAACCAUCAUAAUCUUCACAAGUCUUGACAAUGUUUUGCCUUCUGAAGGUACUAAUGACAGCAAGAAAUCAGAUGUGCGCAUCAAUGGAGAUGUGGUUGUUGUUAAGGUUAACGAAACGCUUAACAACAUUUCUUUUACAUUUGACAUUACUGAUCAGUCUUUGAGAAAGCCUCAGUGUGUCUUUUGGAACUUUAGUCUCAACACAUGGGAUUCCACUGGAUGUGAAGUAAAGCAGAACAGCACUGGAAACAUUACAUGUGAAUGCAACCACACAACUUCAUUUUCUAUCCUAAUGUCACCGUUUUCCCUCGAUCAUAUAGCCUUAGCAUAUAUAACUUACAUUGGCGUAGCUAUUUCGAUGGCCAGCUUGAUUAUAUGUCUGAUUAUUGAGGCUACCGUAUGGAAGUCAGUAAGAAGAAAUGACACAUCCUACAUGCGACAUGUCUCCAUAGUCAACAUUGCUGUGUCUCUGCUGAUCGCAAAUAUCUGUUUUAUCAUUGGAGCUGCAGUCACGGAUAAAGAGCAGCCGACCAAAGAGGCUCACUGCAGUGCACCAGUUUUCUUCAUGCACUUUUUUUACCUGGCUGUUUUCUUCUGGAUGUUACUGUCAGCACUGUUGCUCUUUUACCGUACAGUCAUGGUCUUGUCUCAAAUGUCAAGAGCUAAGAUGAUGGUCAUUGCCUUCACAGUCGGUUAUGGUGCAUCUUUGCUCAUAGCGGUCAUUACUGUUGCAUCAACAGCUGGACAACAAAAGUAUACUUCCAAACAAGCAUGCUGGCUGAACUGGAACGAAUCAAAUGCUCUGCUGGCAUUUGUGAUUCCAGCUCUCACUAUUGUAGCCAUAAACCUUGUGGUUUUGGUUGUGGUUCUGUACAAGAUGUUGAGAAGAGGAGUUGGUGCCACAACUCAACCAGAUGAGAGGCAUGCCCUGGUGGUUAUUGCCAGAUGUGUGGCCAUUUUGACUCCUAUCUUUGGUCUAACAUGGGGAUUUGGAAUUGGAACCAUGGUGUCACAGGAAUUAGGCAUUCAUGUGGUGUUUGCACUCCUCAACUCACUGCAGGGAUUCUUUAUUUUGGUGUUUGGAACACUUUUAGACAGAAAGGUUUGUGAGUCACUACCAGGAAAACGGUUGCUACAGAAACUUUCAAGCCAAACCAAGAGCACCAGCACGAGAACAUCAUCCGCAUCUGAAAUGGCUUUCUUGCAAAGGAGGCGACAGAGGCAGGUGUACCAUGUAUCCGAAGCCAACCAUUCCUCGGCAUCUUCAGACAGCUUCAGUGGCUCAUACACUGUUUUGAACACUUAAAAGUGUUUCUGUUUUGAAUGAUUAGUUUAAAAAUAAUAUUACAAUAUGCCUUUGUAAUGUAUUAUGUAACGUUCUGUGAAUGCAGUGAUGGAGUUUUAUCUUUUUUAAACAAAUUAUAGAGUAGUUCCUUUUUUUAUUAGAUAUUAUAAUCCAGUUUUUUGCUCUUUUAUGAUGAAUUCCAAAUAUUACCAACAUUUCUGAAUGUUACUGCAGCAUCGUCUUUAAAUAAAUGCAUCUGCGGGAAUGAUA